AUGUCCCAAAAGAGCAAUGGAACUCCUCACUUCGACCAUUUUUCUGCACCUUCUUUUGAUGGACCAGUUAAAAUUCUAGAUGGCGGAAUGGGCUCCUUGAUGGAGGUUCUAGGCUACAAACCAGAUGUAUGUAAUGUAUGUGGGAUUAUCGUCAAUUUUGAUGACUUUCAGCUCUGUAUUACAUUACUUUAGGCCAUCUCCUGGAGUUCUGGAGCGAACACUGCAGCCCCGAGAAUUGUGGAGGAGGCCCAUAAAUUGUAAGUGAUCUAUUCCAUCUAAUUUUACUGCAAAAUCGUUAGAUUUAUCGAUGCGGGCGCUGAUAUUAUUAUCACGAACACAUAUCAGUCCAACAUUUUGAGAAAGAUUGAUGACGGACAAAAGGAAAAUUCAGAGAACGAUACCGCGGUUAGUGGUUUUAGGUGUAACAAUAUCUAAACUCGUUUAGGAUGGUGUUAAAUGUGCUCUAGCGGCAGCCAAGAAGUCGGGCCGGGAUGUGAAAGUAGUCGGAUCCAUCGGUCCCUUUGCCACAUAUCUUUGUGAUGGAUCCGAAUACACAGGAGCCUAUCUGAAUGACCCGGAAUUUGAUCAUGAGGUGGGGGGAAUGCCCUUCCAUUAUCAGUCGUUUUAGCGAAUAAAAACAAAUUAUCGUGUCCAUCUGGCUGCCCUGCGGAAACAUGGGAUCAAAACAGUUGUUUUCGAAACGAUUCCCACAGCAAUUGAAGGGAAAUAUGCACGUGAAAUCCUUGAGGAAUCGGGUCUUUCCGGAUGGAUUGGGGCUACUUGCAGGGUGAAAUCAAAUAAUUGUGGUAUCAUAAGAAAAUUUCAUUACAGGACGGAUCCCAUCUAGCCAAUGGUGACCUUUUCGUUGAUUUUGUGAAGAACGUUGCGGAUUCACCCAAUUUAACAGCGAUUGGUAUCAAUUGUACAUCACCCAAAUUCAUCAAAGAUCUGCUGACUAUUGGCCGAGAACACUCUCAGGGGAAACCAUUUGUAGUCUAUCCAAACAGUGGAGAAUAUUAUGACAAGGAGCAGUCGGCGUAAGUUAACCAUAAGAUUCUAAAAUUGAGAAUAGAUUCUACGGAUGCACAAGUAUUGAUCUCAUCCUCAGUCAAGUCAAGUUAUGGCGAGAUCUUGGUGCUGUCGUCAUCGGUGGAUGUUGUAGAGUAACUCCUGAUGACAUCAAGGGGAUUGUGGAGAAAUUGAGAGAAUAA